CAAAGAGCAGCGGGUCUUAAAUGUACUUACGAUAUGCAGCAAUUGUUCCAUGAAAAUUAUGAACACAACCGGAAGGGUUACAUUCAAGAUCUUCACAACAGCAAGAUUCACACAGCCAUAACACUUCAUCCAAACAAAAGACCAGCCUACCAAUACAGACUGCACAAUUACAUAUUGAGCAGCAAAAUUUCCGAACUGCGCUAUCGGACCAUCCAGCUCCAUAGGGAAAGUGCCCUAAUGAGCCAGCUCAGUAACAGUGAGUUAAAUAAGGAAGAUAAGCAACUGGGAGUGAUGCCAUCUUUCAAUCAUUUCCAGCCACGUGAAAGAAGUGAAGUCAUCGAGUGGGAGUUCCUGACAGGAAAAUUUCUUUACUCAAUGAUGGAGAACCAGCCACCCCGGCAGAGCCUGAGCAGUGUCCUGCGGGCUGCACUGGACGACACCGUGAUGCAAGUCAUGGAAAUGAUAAAUGAGAACUCUAGAUCUAGAGGGAGGCUCAUUGAUUUCAAGGAAAUACAGUAUGGCUACCGCAGGGUGGACCCUCUGCAUGGAGUGGAGUACAUCCUGGAUUUACUGCUUUUGUACAAAAGGCACAAAGGAAGGAAAGUUACGGUUCCGGUGAGACGCCACGCUUACCUUCAGCAAUUGUUUAGCAAACCUUUCUUCAGAGAAGCAGAGGAGCUGGAUGUAAGAAGCCUGCUGGAGGAUACCAACACUGACACUCCAUCUUUCUCUUUUCUUUCAAGCUCUUUAAAGAUCUUUUCCUCAUCAUUCCAACGCACCCAAGACAUUGGGGGACGCAGUGACAAGAAAAUACAUAUUCUUGUCCCUCUCACAGGAAGAUUUGACAUUUUCUCAAGAUUUAUGGAUAACUUUGAGAAGACUUGUCUGAUUCCCAGACAGAAUGUAAAGUUGGCAAUAAUUCUCUUCAGUUCUGAGUUGGGCCAAGACUCCAGCAAACACAUAGAACUAAUGAAAGAAUACAGCAUUAAGUAUCCUAAGGCAGAUAUGACUCUGAUCCCGAUGGCAGGAAGGUUUUCUAGAGGUUUAGGUCUUGAAAUGGCCUCAUCUCGAUUUGACAAUGGCACUUUGCUGCUAUUCUGUGAUGUUGAUCUGAUAUUCACACCAGACUUCCUCCAGCGAUGCAGAGAUAACACUAUUCAGGGAGAACAGGUUUACUACCCUAUCAUCUUUAGUCAGUAUGAUCCAAAAGUAAUAUAUGGAGGCAACCCUCCAGCUGACAGUAGUUUUAUUUUCACAAAAAGAACUGGAUUUUGGAGGGAGUAUGGAUUUGGAAUUACCUGUAUUUACAAAAGUGAUCUACUUACUGCUGGUGGAUUUGAUACCUCAAUUCAAGGCUGGGGACUUGAGGACGUAGACCUCUUUACUAAAGUGAUAACAUCUGGCUUGAAGGCUUUCAGAAGUCAAGAAGUAGGAGUCGUCCAUAUUUUUCAUCCAGUUCAGUGUGACCCCAAUUUAGACCCGAAACAAUAUAAAAUGUGCUUAGGGUCCAAAGCAAGUACAUUUGCCUCUACCAUGCAGCUUGCUGAACUCUGGCUACAGAAACAUUUGGGUGUCAGGUACAAUCGAACUCUCUCCUGACAUCUCAGCCCAUUUGACUUUUUUAGAGGAGGUUACCUCAUUAUUGUUAUUGUUAUUUGAUUUUGCUGUCAUAGUUUUAAACUCCCUCCUCGUUGUCUUCCAAAGACUGUUGACCUCGAACAGGAUGAGUCUGCUGUUCACUGAUGUUUCUUACACCUACUGAACUGGUGAGGUGAAUUCCUUCAUACUUCCUUUAUUUGAAAUUCAGUCAAGUCAUGGCAAUCAUAUGAUCCCAUGGAGCACAUCUAUGACAAGAGACUGCAUCAGAAUAAUGUUGUCUUUCAGCUUUGGGAUGCAGUAUCAUCUUUGUUGCAUUUUUCAAAUUUGAUGUGAUACAAAUAUUUACUGGUGAAGGUACCACAAAAGUGCUUUAUGCUUCUUCUGGGGAUGGAACUCUAUAAGAUAAACUUGAGUUUUAUAAUUUAUAUGAGGACUUAUAUGUAUAAAUACUACUUUUCUUCAUCUUUAGAAUUUUUAAAGUAAAUGAAUAACUAUUGUACUUUUAUUUUUAAAAAAAAAAAA